UAUCGUUUAGCUGAAUUAGGAUAUGUGGCCGUUGGUGAAUCGCAUCCUAUUCCUCAUGAACUACCACUAUCGUUACCUCGAUCACUACAAGCACAAGCAUCUGAUCUACAAAUGGGUCGUGAGAUAGCACUCUUACUUGCCCGUACGGGAAAGGUUUAUUAUGCGGGUAAUGGAACCCGUGUUGGAUUGCAGGAUACACGAUGCACAUGGAUGGAGUUGGUUCUUCCCGAAGCGAUCGUUUCACUGUCUGUGGGCGCAGACACUGAGACGAUUGUGCUCAGAUCUGGUUCGGGUCAUGUUUGGAUCGCCGGCCUUGGACCUGAAACGCUUUGUCAGGGCAGUCCAGCAACUGGCCGUUUCCAACGACAAGAAGCUGGCUCGUCAGCAGCAAAGCUGAGAAAGUUGCAAACGGCUAAUCGGCGUAAGUGUGUAGCAGUGGCCGUCUCUUCCGGUUGUAUAGCGUACGUUACGGAUAACGGGAAGGCGUACAUUUAUGGUCGACAUGCGAUGCAGUGUCAUCCGGAAACAGGUCAUAUUCUUGGCCUGGAUAAUGUGCAUCUGGCAUCGAUCUCGCUUGGCAAGACACAUGCGGCUGCUGUCACUCGACACGGACAUCUCUACACUUGGGGUUUGAACAAUCUGAAUCAAUGCGGGCGAGCUGAAUCGACAGGAUCGUUACCACGCGGUGGUCUUACGAAUGAUGAUUUAGCAAGUUCAGCU